AUGUGUUUGCGAAACGCUGAGGCGGGUCGCGCAAUUAUAUGGCUGGGGAGUUGGAUGGCUACGCGGGGCGGACGCCAUGCUCUCCGCGCUGCAGGGGAAGGCGCUGAUGCUGACGUGGCAGAGGAGAAGACGAGGAGGAUGCUGAAGAGGGAGAGGGGAGAGAGGAAGAAUGAGGAGCAUGAUUGGAAGGAUGAGGGGAGGAAGGAUGAGGGGAAGAGGAAGGACGAGGAGAAUAAGAGGAAGGACGAGGAGAAUAAGAGGAAGGACGAGGAGAAUAAGAGGAAGGACGAGGAGAAGAAGACGAAGGACGAGGAGAAUAAGAGGAAGGACGAGGGGAAUAGGAGGAAGGACGAGGGGAAUAGGAGGAAGGACGAGGAGAAUAAGAGGAAGGACGAGGAGAAUGGGAGGAAGGACGAGGAGAAUGGGAGGAAGGACGAGGAGAAUGGGAGGAAGGACGAGGAGACUAAGAGGAAGGACGAGGAGAAGAAGAGGAAGGACGAGGAGAAGAAGAGAAAGGACGAGGAGAAGAAGAGGAAGGACGAGGAGAAGAAGAGGAAGGACGAGGAGAAGAAGAGGAAGGACGAGGAGAAGAAGAGGAAGGACGAGGAGAAGAAGAGGAAGGACGAGGAGAAGAAGAGGAAGGACGAGGAGAAGAAGAGGAAGGACGAGGAGAAGAAGAGGAAGGACGAGGAGAAUGGAGGAAGGACGAGGAGAAGAAGAGGAAGGACGAGGAGAAGAAGAGGAAGGACGAGGAGAAGAAGAGGAAGGACGAGGAGAAGAAGAGGAAGGACGAGGAGAAGAAGAGGAAGGACGAGGAGAAGAAGAGGAAGGACGAGGAGAAGAAGAGGAAGGACGAGGAGAAGAAGAGGAAGGACGAGGAGAAGAAGAAGAGGAAGGACGAGGAGAAGAAGAAGAGGAAGGACGAGGAGAAGAAGAAGAGAAGGACGAGGAGAAGAAGAAGAGGAAGGACGAGGAGAAGAAGAAGAGGAAGGACGAGGAGAAGAAGAAGAGGAAGGACGAGGAGAAGAAGAAGAGGAGGAAGAGAGAGAAGAAGAGAAGGACGAGGAGAAGAAGAAGAGGAAGGACGAGGAGAAGAAGAAGAGGAAGGAGAAGAAGAAGAAGAGGAAGGACGAGGAAGAAGAAGAAGAGGAAGGACGAGGAGAAGAAGAGGAAGGACGAGGAGAAGAAGAGAAGAGGACGAGGAGAAGAGAAGAGAGAAGAAGACGAGGAGAGAAGAAGAGGAAGAGGACGAGAGAAGAAGAAGAAGAGGAAGGACGAGGAGAAGAAGAAGAGGAGGAGAAGAAGAAGAAGAAGAAGAAGAAGAAGAAGAAAGGAAGGACGAGGAGAAGAAGAAGAGGAAGGACGAGGAGAAGAAGAAGAGGAAGGACGAGGAGAAGAAGAAGAGGAAGGACGAGGAGAAGAAGAAGAGGAAGGACGAGGAGAAGAAGAAGAGGAAGGACGAGGAGAAGAAGAAGAGGAAGGACGAGGAGAAGAAGAAGAGGGAAGGACGAGGAGAAGAAGAAGAGGAAGGACGAGGAGAAGAAGAAGAGGAAGGACGAGGAGAAGAAGAAGAGGAAGGACGAGGAGAAGAAGAAGAGGAAGGACGAGGAAGAAGAAGAGGAAGGACGAGGAGAAGAAGAAGAGGAAGGACGAGGAGAAGAAGAAGAGGAAGGACGAGGAGAAGAAGAAGGAAGGACGAGGAGAAGAAGAAGAGGAAGGACGAGGAGAAGAAGAAGAGGAAGGACGAGGAGAAGAAGAAGAGACGAGGAGAAGAAGAAGAGGAAGGACGAGGAGAAGAAGAAGAGGAAGGACGAGGAGAAGAAGAAGAGGAAGGACGAGGAGAAGAAGAAGAGGAAGGACGAGGAGAAGAAGAAGAGGAAGGACGAGGAGAAGAAGAGGAAGGACGAGGAGAAGAAGAAGAGGAAGGACGAGGAGAAGAAGAAGAGGAAGGACGAGGAGAAGAAGAGGAAGGACGAGGAGAAGAAGAGGAAGGACGAGGAGAACAAGAGGAGCUAG